AUGGCACUUUGCCGCACGCCCGGCAUCCCGCGCCAAAUAUUGAGAAGAGCAUCCUUCGCCACUUCAGCGCUUGUCUUGGUCUUCUUGGUUGGUGUGGUCAUCUGGCGUGACAGCUGGCCAUCGCGUCUCCCUCCAGAUGUUUCCCCUGCUACACGUAGCCGUCGUCUGCAGAGUUUGUAUCCAUCUGAUCUGGUGCUGACCCAGCCGUAUGGGGAAGAUGAAAAUCGAUGGCUUGUGUUUCUGCAUGUAAUCGGCAUUAGCUACAUGCUAUUGGGGCUGAAUACCGUUUGUGACGUGUACUUCACUGGUGCUCUCGAGAUCAUGGUGGAGAAGUGGCACAUCAAGCCAGACGUGGCAGGAGCUACCUUCAUGGCCGCAGGCGGCUCUGCUCCUGAGCUUUUCACGUCUCUGGUGGGUGCGACCAUCGCGAACAAUGAUGUCGGAUUCGGGACCAUUAUCGGGUCCGCCGUCUUCAAUGUGCUGUUUGUCAUUGGCCUCUGCGGCUACGUGGCAAAGGAGCCCAUCCAGCUGACAUGGUGGCCACUCUUCCGAGAUUGCAGUUAUUACAUAUUGGGAUUGAGCCUUUUGGCAGGUUUCGCUUCUGACGAACUGAUUUCACUGGUGGAGGCGAUCCUGCUGUUCGUAGCCUACAUCGUGUACUGCAUCAUCAUGUAUUUCAACAGCUCCUUGGAGGCGCUGGUGGACAAAUACGGCUCCCGCACCGGUGGAAGGAGCCAGGAAUCUGCCAGCGAGGCAGAUCCUUCGAGGCCCCCCGUCAUUGUCGGCAACUGGGCCGGGACCACCUCAGGACAAAUCUCUGUUGUGCCAAACGCGACAACUCCGCCGGCGCCUUCCAAAACAGAUCCUGAGCCGCCGUCCCACCGCGACGUGGCAGUUCCGGAGCUGGGCACUGAUGGGCCAAGACAGGUCUCCAACAAGAGUUCGGAGGAAGAUUCGUCCCGGAUCCUGUGCAGUCAGCCGCUGCCCAGCCGCGAACCCUGGGUGACGUCGCAGGGCAUCGAGCGCUUUCUGCACAGAGAUCCUGCCAGCAGCAAGGAGGAGGGCACAGACAUCGUCGUUUCCAGCCAGCCAUUGCCGAUGCGCUCACAGAAGCUGCGACUCUCUGCUCGAACAGCCCGGGCUGCCGCUCUUCAGGAGGCCGCACGCGAUCGUCACGAGGAGAGGAAGCUCUCGGAAUCGGAUGAGGCAGGGCAGGCCGGGCAGGCCGGGCAGGCAGGAACUCCCUGCUGUAGCAACACUCCUUAA